AUGCCGAUCGUCGAAGCUGCGCCCGAGCGCGAUGAACUUCCCAAAGGUGUCCGAUCCUUACGUCAAAUCUGCCUCGAUCGCGCUGCAGAUGCCAUGCUCGACACUCCAGGCGCCUACGGUAUGGUGACCGCACUUCCAUGGAGCUUACAACAAGAUCUAUGGACACUGUUCAUGGACGAUCGGCGCGAGAAACAAGAGUUGAAAUCCCUGGUGAAUAAAUUGCCCCUUGCCGACCGAGAAAAGCUUCACGACAUCGACAAAAAUGCACAAUUCAUCCGAGACCAUCCCGAGAGCUUUUCUGUCGAGUUCUUCCCUGGCUUCGACGUCGAGAGAAAUUACUGGACCAACUUCCUGGGAGCAAUCAAUGGAAUCCAGCGUCGUACCACUGAACAGCACUUGUCUGAGAGACGGCAUUUGUCUGAGGGAGUCUACGAGAUCUACCUGGUCGAGAACUCGAGAGACUCUCUGCUACGAUUCAGCAUCUGUAUGUCUCACGACUGCUCACACCAGCAACACUUCGCGUUACAUGAGCUCGUCUCUCCCGAGCUGUUAAUGCAACGCUUGCAUGUCCUCCACAACGCACCAGGCUGCAGUCUGACCGACGGGUGGUCCUUCCUCGUGAGAUGGGCACAUGGUGGCUUGGCAAUAACGAUAGACAUCGUUGGAUCCAGCUUUCGAAUAUGGGCGAACUGGGAUAGCAAAGGCGACCGCAGCGGUAUCAGGAGUGCAGAAGUAUACCUGAAUGCGAUACUCAGCCCGAUUGAGUCAGAUCAUUGGCAUAGCUCGAAAUGGACUGGGCGAAAUGCUUUUGCCAGGCGCUACGUGAAGUUGUUGGUACCAGCCGACGGAACAGCAACCGCUGGAUCAAAGAGACCUCCCUGGUCCACCUGCACAAACAUUGAUACGAAGUUCGAUUAG